CCUCAUGGCAAAUGAUGUAGAAGUGCUGAAGCACGCUAUUCUGAUUAAGAUUUAUAUUAAUGAUUGAUGCAAGUGUUUACAUUUCCUGUUAAGGUUGACUAUUAUAAUUGUAAUGUCUGACUUAUUUAAAUGAUUACAUAGUUGCAGAGGAUAUAGUUAUCUCGCGGUCUGGUAGGCGUCGCCUACUGCUCUCCUUGAGGAAUCUCAAACAACACCGACAGCUGCGCGAGUUCGCAUUUUUUUUAUUACAACAGCAGCACGAGCGAAGGUUCUAAGGUUUCAUUUCGUUAUGUUUUUAUCAUAAAGACCGCUGUAGUUGACGUUUUAAAGGGUUGUUUUAUCAUCAGCUUCUUGGCGCCCGGGGUUGGAAUGACAUAUGAGCUACGAGCAAAAGCCGCUUCGAUUAUGGGAACAUUCAGGUUUGAGGAGUCCUGAUCCCAUUGGCCCCAGGCUCUGGUGCGGCCCUAUCAGGUGACCCUACAAAGGGGAGACAGGCGAGGGGACUCGGUCACAGCCUCCCCCUGCCACGGAGCGCACCCCACUGCGCCUCAACCGCCGCCUCCAUGUCCACCCCCAGCGGCAGCCCGGAGAGGGAGGGCUCCACGGAUGGAGCUAGCCAGCUGGAUUGCCCCCCAUCCUCACCGCCCGGCAUGGACCACUCCAUGGGCAGCCCCCUGCUCAGCCCAGACUCGUCUUGCCAGGACGCUGUGCUCUCGGCCACCGCCACGUCUCCCGCCGACUCGGAGAGCCUGAGUCCCGACGAGCUGGAGCUCCUGGCCAAGCUGGAGGAGCAGAACAGACUUCUGGAGGCGGACUCCAAGUCGAUGCGCUCGAUGAGCGGCUCGCGGCGGAACAGCGGCUCGUCGCUGGUGUCCAGCUCCUCGGCGUCGUCCAACCUGUCCCACCUGGAGGAGGACACCUGGAUCCUGUGGGGGCGGAUCGUCAACGAGUGGGACGAGUGGAGGCGCAAGAAGGACAAGCUCCUCAAGGAGUUGAUCAGGAAGGGCAUCCCGCAUCACUUCCGGGCCAUCGUCUGGCAGCUGCUGGGCAACGCCACAGACAUGCCGGUGAAGAACCAGUACUCCGAGCUGCUUAAGAUGUCCUCGCCCUGCGAGAAGCUCAUCCGCCGGGACAUAGCCCGAACCUAUCCCGAACACGAGUUCUUCAAGGGCCAGGACAGCCUGGGGCAAGAGGUGCUCUUCAAUGUCAUGAAGGCGUAUUCUCUGGUGGACCGGGAGGUGGGAUACUGCCAGGGUAGUGCCUUCAUCGUGGGCUUGCUGCUCAUGCAGAUGCCAGAGGAGGAGGCAUUCUGCGUGUUUGUGCGUCUGAUGCAGGAGUAUCGUCUGAGGGAGCUCUUCAAACCCACCAUGGCCGAGCUGGGCCUCUGUAUCUACCAGUUUGAAUAUCUGCUGCAGGAACAGCUGCCGGAGCUGAACGUCCACUUCCGCUCUCAAAGUUUCCACACGUCCAUGUACGCUUCCUCCUGGUUCCUCACACUCUUCCUCACCUUCCUCCCCAUGCCGGUCGCCACGCGCAUCUUCGACAUCUUCAUGUAUGAGGGCUUGGAGAUCAUAUUCCGUGUAGGCAUGGCCAUCCUUCAGUACAACCAGACAGACCUCAUCCAGUUGGACAUGGAGGGCAUGUCCCAGCACUUCCAGAAGGUGAUCCCCCACCAGUUUGACAGCUGCCCAGACAAGCUGAUCCUGAGGGCAUACCAGGUCAAAUACAACCCCAAAAGAAUGAAGAAGUUGGAGAAGGAGUACACCACGAUCAAGAACAAAGAGAUGGAAGAGCAGAUAGAGAUCAAGCGGUUACGCACAGAAAACAGGCUUCUGAAGCAGAGGAUUGAGACACUGGAGAAGGAAAGUGCUGCUCUAGCAGAUCGGCUGAUACAGGGUCAGGUGACGCGGGCGCAGGAAGCCGAGGAGAACUACGUGAUCAAGCGGGAGCUGGCGGUGGUGCGGCAGCAGUUCAGCACAACCAACCAGAACCUGGAGAAAGCCCAGGACACCAUCAGAGAGCUGGAGCAAGAGAAGUACACAGAGCAGUUUGUGACCAGUCUGCAGACACAACUGGAGCAGUCCCGAAUGCAGGAGGCGGAGCUACUGGGGGCCCUCAAAGAGAUGCAGGACAAAGUCCUGGAUCUGGAGAAGAGGAGCAGCUGUCUGCCUGAUGAGAACAAUGUGGCCCAGCUGCAGGAUGAGCUGAAGCUGGUGAAGCUGAGGGAGCUGGAGACACUGCAGUCCUUCAGGGAGUUGCAGGACACCGUGACCGAGCUCAACCAGCGUUGGCAGCACCAUAUGUCAAAAGGUGGUGGCGGAAGUCACUGGAAGGAAUCCCCUAAGAAGAACGCCCUGAACGAGCUGCAGGACAAGCUGAUGGGCACGCGUCUGAAGGAGGCCCAGGCCCAAGCUGAGCUCAGGGAGGUCAAACUCAAAGCCUUACAGCUGGAUAGCCAGAAUCAGAUCCAGAGCAAGCUGAUUGGGCGCCACGAGGUGGAGGGUGCCAGCCUGCAGGAGAGGCUGCAACAGCUGGCUGUCCAGAACAAAGGGCUCCAGGCCCAGCUCACCGAGAUGAAGAGGAAACAGGCCGAGCUCCACUGCAAGAAUAAAGAGGAGGUGAUGGCGGUUCGCCUCAGGGAGGCUGACAGCAUGGCUGCCAUGGCCGAGCUCCGACAGAAGAUAGCCGAGCUGGAGAUUCAGAAGGAGGAAGGUCUGAUCCAGGGCCAGCUGAACCACUCUGAUUCCAGGCAGUACAUCACACAGCUCCGAGAUCAGAUCGCAGAGCUCAAGAACGAGAUAAGGCAGCUCCGCGGGCAGCGCUCCAAGUUUGCCCCUAGCUCCCGGGACGGAGGCGGCGGCUACCCAGACCUCUGCCUGGCCAGCCCCUCAUCGGCCGGGGGUGACUACCUGAGCUCGGACGAGGACCUGCUCCCCAGCCCCAUCCCUCCUAAUGCCAUGUACCCCGCCCUGCCCCACCCCUCGGCCAGACUGGACAGUGAGGGCAGCACCGACAGCGAAGCCGAGGUCCAUCCGGACCUCCCCCACCCGGACGCCCACUGUGGCCCCGCGCAGCAGCUCUACACCAGCAUGGUGUGUGCUGAUGCUCUGGACAACUGAGCCUCGGAGGUGCCUGGAGGUCCCAGGUCCCGACCCAGCUUACUGAUGUUUCAGCGGAGAUACUGAACGGUGACAUGGAACAGAGGUCCUGUCGCUCCUUCUCCUUUGUGCUGGUGCCAUGGUUACCUUUCUCUUUUCAUCGUCUUGAUUUGUGUCUCUCUCUUGUCUGUCUCUCUUUCUCUCUCGUCUGUCUCUCUCUCGCCUGUCUCUCUCUUUUGUCUCCGUCUCCCUGAUUUUUCUCUCUCCCAUCUCCUUUAUCACUGACUUGAUUCGUGUCGCUCUGUCUCCCCCUCUGUCUCCCCCUCUGUCUCCCUCUCUGUCUCCCUCUCUGUCUCUCGUCUCUUCACUGUCUUGAUUCAUAUCCCUCUGUCUCUCCCUCUUUCUGUCUCUCCCUCUUUCUGUCUCUCAUCUCCUUUAAUCAUUGUCUUGAUUCAUAACCCUCUGUCUCUCUCUCUCUUCAUCUAUUCACCUUCAUGAUUUCUUUUACCUCACCUGUCCUGUGCUUGCUCACUGGGCAGCAAGUACGUCUCCAACACAGAGAGCCAAGAGAAGAGGGACUGACAUUUAGCAAAACAAAAUUGCGUUCACUGUUCCAUACUUACCCCAGAGCAGAGACAAUGGGUAGGACAGCGCUUUGAUGAAACGAUUCCCUUCCAGAUUGAAAGAGACAUCGACAUGGGAUUGUUGAAACGGUUACAUUUCAUGGAUUGAUGGAUGUGUAGACUGAUGGGAGGAGGACUCUUUGGUCCCCGCACAUCCUGUUCUGUCCCAUGAUGCUGUGAAAUAGUCUUCAUCUCUUCUGGCUUCAUUCUUCUUCUUUCCUCAUAUUCAGAACACAGCCUGUCCGGGUCAGUUUGCCGACUGAUGAAUCUCGCUGUCUUUCUUCCUUUUCUCUCUUUCUCUCGCUCUCUCGCUCUCUCUCCUUACAUCAUUAAGAGAAGACCCCCUGGUCACCCGCACUGCCUAUUAAAAGUGAAGAAACCUCCCACUGUAACCUCACAAUAGACUUUGACACAAACAGGAGGUGGACUGAUGGAGGGAAGGAGGCGAGGAGAGAGGCGGGAAGAGGAGUACAGCGUGGUACACAUGAAUAUCGUAUGUUACUAGAUGAGAUGAAUAGAUCAAUAUUAACAAUUUACCUUCCUUAAACUAUGUAUGUUGUGUGUGUCUCAAUGCCUUGCUAAUUUAAGAACAAGGCAAGCGAAUUACGAUGGCUAAUGUAAAAAUAUCCAUCACUACCUUUGGAGAAGAAAGAGAUCUCAACGUUGCCAAAUCUUUGUUUCCCCCCACCCCCGUCUAUUAUUUAUAUGUUCUUAUUUAUUUUGAUACUUUUUAUUUUUUAUAUAUCUAUACAAAUAUAAAUAUAUAGAGACUGCGGCCAAACUUUAUAUAUACGUUGAGUUUCCUCAGUCCUUUGUGCCAACUUGAAUCCUGUGGUGGCGGUGUCAACGAACGAGGUCCAUGACAAUGCCCGUCUGAGAGACAUAACAAAUGUGCUGCUAUGAUUUAACUUUUUCACCCCAUCUUCAUUCAUGUUUUUUUUCCUAUAUGUGUAGGUAUAUCUCAAAAUGCAGUAUCCCUUUACCCUACUAAGAAUCCGUUUGAGUGCAUAACUAUAGGAAGUAAAUCAAUGAAAGUAUAAUUUAUUAGGAGAUUGUCUCUACCUAUGGCUUGUGAAAGACAAAUGAACUUUGCCUUUUAUGAACGUUUUGAAAUGUCAUAAGGCAUUUAUAAACCCUUAGAUCAGACAUUAGCCCCCAAGAGCGCGAUGUGGGACAGCCAAUCAUUGAUUUGUUCUACUCCUGUGGGUAGAAUUUGGAUUAGAAUUUGUAACAAGCUGUGAGCUAACUUGCACCUAACUGUAUGUUACACAAGUCUUGUUGUCUGAGACUGUGAUUGACGUGAAGAGUUUCUGAGGCUUAUUGAUUGAUAAUAUCUAUGAUCUACUAGGUAAGGAUGGGAUGUCCAUGAAUAUAAUAGUCUCUCAAGUUGGACAAGCAGGGGCAUCCAUCUGUGUUUUUGCUGUACUGCUGUUCUCAGUCAUGAUACUGAAAUACGAUAUCAAUACCUCUCCUUCCAGAACAUCAAUCUGUGACAUUACUUCUUCUUUCGACUGCCUGUUCGCAAAAGGAUUUAGAGAUUGUAUGUAAGGAGGUAUUUAGAGGUAUCUAACGCUCCUAAGGGACCCCCAGACAUUUCACGAUUUUGUUGCUGCCCUGAACAGGCGCACCCUAUACACUAAUCAAAGACUAUCCGACUUGUCAGGUGCGCUAGAUCUGGACUAGAUUAAAUACAUUUGAACGGCUGGCGUUCCCGCAAGAGACGGCUGAAUACUGGCUUAGUUUAUACCCCACUAGCUAACUCAUUGACUGCGGUAUAGCCUCUGUAUUGUCUGGCAUAUAUAACGAACGUUUGGUUAGCUUUAGCCUAGCCUUAGCAGAGUCGUUAGGAGCGAAGAGAUACAUGCAUUGUUUUGUUUCCAAAGCAUACGUGUGUGUUUACAGCGGCGUUGAUCGUGGGAAUCAGGUGUGGUGGCUUUCCCAAAUGUGAUUCUUAGCUAACUCUGUUGAACUUCACAUACUGCAUGUGAUACUGUUUACUAUCAUGACAGCAAAACGUAUGGUAAGUCACUGAAUGACACAAUAGGACAGUGUCAGUGCAAAAGUACAAUGUUUCACUUGAUUUGCAGACUUUGAGGAAAUUAGUCGUAAUACAUUGAACAGGAUUUUGUAUGAACAUAGAAACGCCUAUAUUCCCAGUAGAGGAUUUUACACAUAGACUCUAGAUCUAUGCUCGGCUUAAAGUAUUCGACGAUGUCCAGGAUGCAAUGAGUGGUCAGUGAAACAAGUCAAGACCCUUUCUCAUAUCAGUGUUAGUCUGGACUUAGGGAGUCUUGGUGUGUAUUGAGAUACUGUUUGAUGCCUAUGCAGCCCAGAAUUGUAUCAUGCUCUCCAUUUUAUUUUGUUUCAAUCGUGCCAUGUAGUAAAAGGUUUGGUUUGUAUCUGUUUUUUGCCACACAGCGAUGAUCAGAUAAAAUGGAUGAAGGGUUAACCUGUCACAAAUGGGCAAGGAAAUAGGGAAGCAGAGCAAGCUCCAUCAUGUAACCUAGCUAUCUUAAGAGGAUGUGGAUUUAUUUCGCUGUAGUAUUACAAAUAACCACCUUCUGUAGAAGUCCAAAACCAGUGCAGCAUCUGAAAUCACUGUGGUCUGUCGUAACAUCCUGGUCUUACCUAAACAGCCAGAGGGAGUUAGGAUGUUGUGCGCUGAUCUGUGUGUUCAGUCUCAGUCAAAUAUUGUCACAUUACACAGUAUUGAGGCCAGUUAACUAGAGCCAUUCUAACAUAUAACCGAGAUUUAGGUCAAUUCCAUUUAAAUUAAAGCCAAAUGGCACAAUGACUGAUUGCACACAAAUUGACCAAACUACAACUGUUAAGACUGUGACAAAACAUUUUAUUUGUAUUUUUUAUGAAUCAUUAUAAACGUUAUUUGUAUCAUUUUGAUUAUGCCUAACAUGUUGGGGAAGGGAAUGGUUACUUGUUUAAAUCUCAUAUAGUGCCAUAAAUAUAAGUAGGUUUAUAGACAGUAAAUCCAUUAUAACACUGUAUGGACUGUAUAUUGAAUGCAAUUUUCACAAUUCAGGAUUUUCAAUCUGAUUUAAGGUGUGGUGUCUGAAAGUGAAAUUCACCAAAACAAAGGUUACUUUUGAGCUAGGACUGAAGUACACACAAAAAGUUUACGAUUCUUUUUAAAAUGACAAUAUUAGAAUGGAACCAGGAAUGCUUACAAUGUAUUGUACAUGCCAUUGUUUUGUCCGGGAAUAUAAAAAAACACAGAGAAUCCCCUAAAAGAUUGUGACCUAAUGCCUAUCCUGGGUAGUGUUCAUUAGGGCAUGCAAUGGAAAACCUUUUCAAAACGUUUUGAACAUCUAUAAAGUGUGUGCUUCGUAUUGGACAAAUCUCUGAGGCCCCUUCUUAUUUCAGUGUGUAUUCUUAUGUUUGCUGCCUAAUAAACACCUGGUUUAGGUCUUUACAUAUAACGGCAGUUUGGGAUCCACUUUACGCCCUCCAACAUUGCCCACUUUCUCUUGCAAUUCUACCAAUGUGUUGUCAAGUAUAUUAAUAACAGUAAUAAAGACGAUAUUAAUGACA